UCCAAGCUCUCCACGCUCGAGAGCGAAAAGGGAAAUGUUGCUUGAAUCGUAAGGCUUCCCAGACGUCGGUGGUGGGUUACUGACAAGACUUCAGUCAUCAGCAUCGUCUUUUAUCCACAGAAAGCAUCGUCAAGCGCUGGUGUCUCGAUGAAUUUCUCCGGGAAACUAACACUCGUCCUCCUGCUGGUGCUCCUCGCAGCGCAAGGCUGUUUUUCAUCUAAGGGAGAGGACAGAUUAUUUCGGAGGUUGUUCAGGAGGUACAACCAGUUCAUCCGACCAGUGGAGAAUGUAUCCGAUCCAGUCACAGUGGAGUUCGAGGUCUCCAUAUCUCAACUGAUCAAAGUGGAUGAGGUGAAUCAAAUUAUGGAAACCAAUCUGUGGCUGAGACACGUCUGGAACGACUACAAACUGAAAUGGGCCCCUGUUGAGUACGAUGGGAUUGAGUUCAUACGAGUUCCCUCCAAUAAAAUUUGGAGGCCGGACAUUGUUUUGUACAACAAUGCUGUCGGGGACUUCCUUGUGGAAGACAAGACCAAGGCUCUGCUGAAGUUCGAUGGCACCAUCACCUGGAUUCCUCCAGCUAUUUUCAAAUCCUCCUGCCCCAUGGAUAUCACCUACUUUCCCUUUGACUACCAGAACUGCUCCAUGAAGUUUGGCUCCUGGACGUAUGACAAGGCAAAGAUCGACCUGGUGCUGAUCGGCUCAAAGGUCAACUUGAAAGACUUCUGGGAAAGUGGAGAGUGGGAGAUCAUAGACGUGCCAGGAUACAAGCAUGACAUCAAGUACAACUGCUGCGAGGAGAUCUACCCGGACAUAACCUACUCCUUCUACAUCCGCCGCCUGCCUCUCUUCUACACCAUCAACCUCAUAAUCCCCUGCCUCCUUAUCUCCUUCCUCACGGUGCUGGUCUUCUACCUCCCGUCUGACUGCGGCGAGAAGGUCACCCUCUGUAUCUCCGUCAUGCUUUCUCUCACUGUGUUCCUGCUGGUCAUCACUGAGACCAUUCCUUCGACGUCGCUCGUCAUCCCUCUGAUCGGCGAGUACCUCCUCUUCACCAUGAUCUUUGUCACGCUCAGCAUCGUCAUCACUGUCUUUGUGCUGAACGUCCACUACCGCACCCCCAUGACUCACACGAUGCCGGAGUGGGUGAGGUCUGUGUUCCUCGGGGUGCUGCCCAGGGUGAUGCUGAUGAGGAGGCCCAUCGACCAGGGCUGCUUCUCCCCAGCAAAUAUGACAGGAGGGACCGGAAGAGGACGGAGUAGCGUGAGAAACAGAAAGAGAAAGAACAGCAUAGGAGGAGGAAGUGGCACGGGAAGUGUAAGCAUUGGGGGUAUAACUGGGGGUGUGGCGUUGGAUGUCGGGGCAGGAGGAGGACCUGCUGCCCCGGCUGCUGGCUCCAUGAACUGUGUGGAGUAUGGCGAGUUGAACCGGGACAUGAACAGGAGGUGCCUCUACAGAGGAAAAGAGGUACCGACUCCUGUCCCUCCCUCGAUGGUGCCACCUCCUCCUCCUCCUCCUCCUCCACCCCCAAACGCACCCCCAACCCAGGGGCCCCAGGAGUCAGAGUUGCCCAAGGUGCUGCGGCCGUUGAAUGCCCCUUCGCCUGUCAGCGCUAUCGUUGCCUUCUCCGUGGUGUCGCCAGAGAUCAAGCAAGCCAUCGAGAGCGUACGGUACAUCGCGGAGAACAUGAGGACUCGCAACAAAGCCAAAGAGGUGGAGGACGACUGGAAGUACGUAGCCAUGGUCAUCGACAGGAUCUUCCUCUGGGUUUUUGUGACAGUGUGUGUGUUGGGAACAGUGGGACUCUUCCUCCAGCCACUUAUCAGCUUCUUCAGAUAGAACCUGGUCUUGGUCCAGUCUCUUUCCCUCUCUUUUGGUCUACUUGUGUCUCUGGUCCCCACUUACAUUACUUUGGGAAGUGUCCCUCCUGCAGCUCUUUCACAUGAAACACAGAACUGUCUCCUUUCUCUCUUUCUGGUAUUGAGUCUCUCAUCUGUGUCUCAUGCUCUUCUCUGGGACUCCAUCAUCACUUACAGCUCUCAGCUAUCUAUCUCCUCACAUGAUUUCCCUGAUUCCCCCAUUCCAUCUUUGCCUUCCCCUCUCAAUGUGUAUGCCAUGCUGUUCUCCAGUCUCCUCCGCCCCCUCACAGUUUUAUUUUCUGACAUGAUUAUCAAGAGUCUGCUUUCCUUUCCUCUUCCUCUUUCCAUGUUUUAUCCUCUCCUGUGUUUUCACCCGCCACGGCCGACAGCUUAUCUCACAGCUGUCUCCCGUCUCCCAUUGUUUUUAUUCUUCUCUGCAUUUCCAUUGUGUGUAUUUUAUUUAACAUAUCCAUUCAGUCAUUGUUAUUACUAUACAGUGUUUUACAAUGUGUUUAACAAUGUCAGGUAAUUAUUGAAGUAAGAAGAACCUCUUGACAUUCAAAUGGCUGAGGAAGAAGAACCUGAAGACCUUGGUGACUUUUUCAGUAAGACUUUGUCAUUUUAAGAUGGUGCAAUAAAGACUUUUGA